ACAUAUCGCAUGUCAUCGAUCAAUAUAUCGAUAUGCAACCACAAAUGUCGUCGUGCGCUACAUAAUUGUUUAAUAAACAAUUAAUCACUUAAUAUAAACAAAACUAGUGCGAUUAUUGGUAAAUGUGUGAUGAAAAAAAUAAACGCAGCUCAAAUUGACACACGAGAGGACGAGAGAGAAAGAGAGCAAGGCAAAGCAAAGCAGCACUUACCUCACUCAUCUACGACGAUCCACAACAACAAAAACAACAAACAUAAUAUUAACAUCAGCAGCAGCAACAACAAAAACAACAACAAAAUACUUAAAUUCGCAACGCAAUCAAAAACUACAACAAAAACGAAGCAGCAAAAAAAAAAUAAAUAUAUUAAGAAUAACAAGAACCAUACUAAAAUAGAGCGGAAAAAUACGGGAAAAGAAUAAUUCCCAGCUGAGGCAAAUAAACAGUAAUUAAAAAAAAAAAGAGAAAACAUAUGUACAACGUUGCGUGAGAGAGUGACUUUCGAUGGUGAGAGCCCGCGCGACAGUGCGAGCGAGCGAGAGCGAGAGAGGGUCGUAGGUAAAGGUGGUUAGCCAUAACAACAACAACAGAAACAGCAACAACAUCACGACAGCAUAAGCGAGACCUUGAAAACUUUAAAGAAAAGCAAAUAUAUAUACAUGUGUAUAUAUGUAUACAUAUGUAUAUCAAAUAUUAAAAACUAAUAAAAGAGCGAACAUCGUGAGAGAGAGCCAUCGGCAGCAGCAUAAGAAGUAGUAGUACUAGUACCAGUGGAGGAAGGGAGUGCGAGUGCGAGUGAGAGAACACUCCCCAUCAUCCUGUUAUGGAGAGUGACGAUUUCCAUUUUCCGCAAGGCGCCAAUUAGCGAAUGGGAAACGGGUAACGGUGGAAAACCAUAAGAACGUUUCAAUCAAAAGCAAGGCAAAAACAAUUUACACACACACACACAAGCACCAGAACACCCACACACACAUAACAGUAACGUGCGCAAUGGCCGCAGCAGAGACAGCAACAGCCGCUGCCGCCGUCGACGUCGCAACAACAGCAGCAGCAUCGGCAGCAUUGGGCUCAUCCGGUGGGCCAGGAGCGGCGGCGGCUGCUGCUGCAUCGGAGGCAGCAAAUGGACGAGAGGCCCGAAAUCUGGCCGAAAAACAGCGACGGGACAAGCUCAAUGCCAGCAUACAGGAGCUGGCCACGAUGGUGCCACAUGCAGCCGAAUCCUCCCGCCGCCUGGACAAGACGGCCGUCCUGCGUUUCGCCACCCACGGCCUCCGUCUCCAGUAUGUUUUCGGGAAGUCGGCCACACGACGGCGGCGUAUACUCUGCCUGAAGGGUGUGUCAUCGCAGGACCCAUCCAGCGGCAAUACAGCGUCGGCCGCCACACAGAAUCCCAGUCUCCAUUUAACGGACACGCUGAUGCAGCUGCUCGACAGCUGCUUUAUCACCAUCACCUGCAAUGGCCAGAUCGUUCUGGUCUCCUCCAGCGUGGAGCAGCUGCUGGGCCACUGCCAGUCGGAUCUGUAUGGGCAGAAUCUGUUGCAGAUCACGCACCCGGAUGACCAGGCCCUGCUCCGACAGCAGCUCAUUCCACGUGACAUCGAGACGCUGUUCUACCAGCAGCGCCAGACGACGCAUUCUCAGAAGCGGCAGCAGCAGCACCGCUCUACAUCCACAUCGGCAUCCGUUUCGGGCAGCGAUGUGGAGGAGGAUGCCGACGAGGAGGCGGACGCGGAGCCGGACCUCGAAGAGAUGACAGCGGACCAAGACCUAGGCUGCGAAGAGAUCUAUCCACGACGCAGCCCCAGCCCUCGUACCAUUGCCCAUCUGGCGGCCAUAGACGAAAGGCUGCGCUCGGAUCGCCGCUGCUUCACGAUUCGUGUGGCGCGUGCCUCCACGCGCGCCGAGGCCAGCCGCCAGUACGAGCGGGUGAAGAUCGAUGGCUGUUUUCGGCGCAGCGACUCCUCGCUGACGGGCGGCGCGGCUGCCAAUUAUCCCAUUGUCUCGCAGUUGAUCCGUAGAUCGCGCAACAACAACAUGCUGGCUGCGGCCGCAGCAGCAGCCGCUGCCGAGGCGACGGCAGUCGCAGCAGCUGCGGCGGCCAUUACCGGUUGUCUGCCCCAGCACGAUGCCAUUGCCCAGGCGGCGCUGCAUGGCAUCAGUGGCAACGACAUUGUCCUGGUGGCCAUGGCCCGUGUGCUGCGCGAGGAAGGUGUCCGUGCCGAGUCGCCAGAAUGCGAGGACUUUGGCUCCAGUCUGCUCUACCGCCAGCCCGAACCGUACCAGCUGGAAUAUCGGACGCGGCACCUCAUCGACGGCAGCAUCAUUGACUGUGAUCAAAGGAUUGGCCUUGUCGCCGGCUACAUGAAGGAUGAGGUGCGAAAUCUUAGUCCGUUCUGCUUUAUGCAUCUGGACGAUGUCCGCUGGGUGAUUGUGGCUCUGAGGCAGAUGUACGACUGCAACAGCGACUAUGGCGAGAGCUGCUACCGUCUGCUGUCGCGCAAUGGACGCUUCAUAUACCUGCACACGAAGGGAUUCCUGGAGAUUGAUCGCGGGAGCAAUAAGGUGCACUCGUUCCUGUGCGUCAACACGCUGCUGGACGAGGAGGCCGGCCGUCAGAAGGUGCAAGAGAUGAAGAACAAGUUCUCGACCAUCAUCAAGGCGGAUGUGCCGACGCAGAGCAGCAGUCCGGAUCUGCCUGCCUCGCAGGCGCCCCAGCAGCUGGAACGGAUUGUCCUGUACCUCAUUGAGAAUCUACAGAAAAGCGUCGAGGCCGAGUCCGGCGGUGUACAGCCGAUGGACACCAGCAUGCUGGACGAUGGCUACAGCUCACCGGCCUCCUCAUCGGCCACCAUGCUCACACUGGAGGAGAUGGCGCCAUCGCCCACGCAAUCCCAGUCGCAGAACCAAUUGGCCCUCGUACCGCCUGCGCCCAGUUCUGUAAAGAAUUCCAUCUCCAAGUCGGUGAGUGUGGUCAAUGUGACGGCAGCCCGCAAGUUUCUCUAUCAGCGGGAGCAGCAGGAGCAGCUGCAACGGGAGCAAUCUGCCACAAGUGUCAUCCGACAGCUGAGCAGUUGCCUGAGCGAGACGGAAACCAGCUCAAUGCUUUCGCCCGCGAGCAGUGUCAGCGGUGAUAUAUCGGAUACACCUGAAACCAAUAGCAAUACUCCGCCACCCAUCCUUCUACAAUCCCAGUCCCAAUCCCAGUUGCAGUCCCCUGUUGCGGUGAGGCCCAGUGUGCUGCACAAGUCUCCGGCUACACCCACAACCACACAGCUGAGGGCGGCAUUGACGAGUGCGCUGCAAUGACCAGACGGAUGAGCUGGUGCUGGUGAUGGUGUCGGUUGUGGUGAUGGUGAUGGAGCGGCACGACGCAGACGUGGGCGUUGGCGUCGGCGACGUUGGAGAUCCAUGUCCAGUGUUGUGAAAUGCUUGUUUGCCUUCCAAGUGAAAAAGAAACGAAAAAACCGUUGUUAGCAUCAUUAUGUAAUAAUUAGAAUAGUGUAUAUAUGAUAUGUAUGUAUGGAUGGAUGGAUGUGUGUAUGUGUCAGCAUGUAUGAGUGCCUGUAUGUGUGUGCAUGUGUGUUCGAGUCCAGUGUUCGGUUCCAGCAGCCCUCGCCCCCUGCCCCAUACAACGCCUAAUAUCAUCCCCCACUCAUUAACAGUUAGAGCAUCGAUUGAUGCCAAUCGCUGAGCCACAGAUAACAAUCGCCUAUCGCAAACACAACAAUCACCACCCCCAGCCCCAGCCCAGCCAUCCAUCUGUUUCACUCUAACCCACGUCCGAAGCCUGGCUUCAAAGAGAGAUAUCAAAGCAAUACUCAUACGAACACUGAUAGGGAUAGAGAGAGAGAGAGCGUGACCAAACAAUAGAGAGCGGUCAGGUGUUUUCGGUGUGGUUUUGGUGGGUGGCGGGUGAGUUACCGAUCAGCCAGUGACUGAUGGAGAGAGAGAGCGAUAGAGAGAGGAAGAGAUGCAUAAAUGAAUGAAGUGAAUUUGGUUACAAGAAAAGUGCGUGUCGUGUUCCGAAUACAUUUUAAUACCCUGUAAAAAAUUCAAAACACGAUCAAAAUCAAUAUACCCGCUCGCCAUGGUGGCGAGACAAUAAUGUUCUACAAUAAUUCCUGUGGGAUAUUUCCCAGUGUGCAUAUCUCAAACUCGGGUCUUGUUUUCAAUUGAAUUAUCGCAGACAAUUUGACUACAUUGUAUACGAAAGUGAAACAUCUAAAACAAUAUAUACAUAAUUAAUAAUUAA